CUAGAGAGCCUAACAAGUAAAAAGGUUGGUGUUGACAUCAAACAAUACUCGCCACCUACUAGUAGCAACCAUACCUACUUCUGCCAAAAGGGGUUGGUUUAUUUCACAAGAAAAACAAAAAUCUGUGUAUGGCGUUAUACACAACGAUUACGGAUGCAAUCACUGAAUACAGCGGACUAUCGCCGACGGCCUUCUUCACCAUAUCGGCGAUGAUGGUUGUCGUCUAUAAGAUCGUAUCCACGAUGUUCGUCGCAGCAGAUGACUACGUGGCCGUCAAGCGUGAGCAGCAAUUCACCCUGCGUGAACCGGUGCAAAUUGGAAGCAUCACGGAGGAGGAAUUGAGACCGUACAACGGUUCAGAUCCGAAUAAACCCUUGUUGAUGGCUAUCAAAGGAAAGAUCUAUGAUGUUUCUCGCUCCAGGAUGUUCUAUGGUCCUGGUGGACCAUAUGCAUUAUUUGCUGGUCGUGAUGCUAGCCGAGCCCUAGCUUUGAUGUCAUUCGAGCCUUCUGACCUAACCGGGGAUAUCAGCGGUCUUGGUGCAUCCGAGCUUGAAGUGUUGGAAGACUGGGAGGCUAAAUUUGAGGAGAAGUAUGUGAAGGUUGGGGAGUUGGUCUCAGAAAGACCAUCAACGACGACUGAGGACGAGACUAAAGAGGAUUAGGAUCCAGUUGAUGAUGAUGAUUACAUUAUAGUUUAUGAUGUUUAAACAUGUGAGAAUAUAAUUUGUGUGUAUUUAGAGAUUAAUGGCCCUUCAAAACACAUACGUUAGUUAUGUUAUUUCCUAAAAUUUUAUUAUACUUCUCUCAAGUUUAGCUCA